AUGGACGCAAAUGUGAUCCACCAUACCGCAGAAAGUAAUGAUUCGAUUCAGAGCCUAUUCUCGGACAUUUCUUUAACGAAUCUUGAACUGUCUUACCCUUCCACAGAUGAUGACGUUCUGUCGGGUGCGAAUCGGAUAAAUCGGAAAGUAUCUCGACUUAGCGAAGCGUCCAAAAGUCGGAUGCGGCGUCAUUUGUCCGCAUAUUCGGGUCGAAAAAUGAACUACUUAGAUAAUAACUCCGAUGAGUCUCAUGCGCAUUUAAUCAGGACUCAUUUGAUGGCACCAUAUAUUCGGAAGACUUCGUCUAAAGUUGUUCCACCGCAAGAUGCCCCAUCUUUAAAUUCACACAACGAUGCGUUAGCUAGUUCAUUGUCUGAUUCACCUGGAGACCGCAACAAUAAUGGUGUACACCUAUUAUCACUUCAAAAGCGGCUUACACCAUGGGAACGUUGGAUGGCCAAGAAAGAAGCAGACCGCGACAAAGCCACACUCGAAUUAACGAAGUUGAAGGCACAGAACGAAAGCAAACGCCAACUAGAAGAGCAGAAGCGUCUAGAAAGGAAACGAAUUGAGAAGGCGAAAGUGCAGGAGUGGAUUGAAAACAAAAAUAUGGAUGCUAUGAAGCAGAAGAAGCUGGCAGAAAUCGCCAGGUUGGAACAGAAAGCUGAGGCUACCAAAAAGAAAGCGCAGCAGAUAAGAGCCAAGGAGAGGUAUCAGGAAUGGCUGAACAGGAAGCGGCAGGAAGAACAGGCGGAGAGUCGACGUUAUGAGGAGGAGCGUUACGUGCGCGAAUUGGCGCAGCAGGAGAAGCGUCGACAGGCGGAGGCCUCCUUUCAGGCCUGGCUACGCAGUCACAAGGUCUCUGCUACUGCCGCCAACAGACGCUCACCCCACAGCUACUGCAUCGCCGAUGGUAUGCUCAUCAAAUAUUUUGAUCGAACCUCCGCCCCAGAACCAGAAUUCUUCAAUAAAAAAGGCUGGAUUUCGUGA